UUAGAAUCUUCGCCCGCCCCACAAGCACUCAACGACGCGAGCCAGACAAUCACUCACUCGGUGUGCGCCUGCUCCUCCUCCUCGUGCCCAAUGCCGAACGUUAUCGAGCAUUUGGUAGGCGGCGGCAAGCAGUGCAACAUCUGCUUGCUGAAAAGUCCGAGCUCCUGGGACGACAACGAGGACGAGCCAGACUAUUACGACUCGGAUUCGUCUGUGGAGGCCGAUCGCGACGUGUCGAUUGACUUUGUCACUUGCGCCGCGCCAUCAUGCAAGCUCGUUGUGCACCGCGGAUGCUACGGCGUGGCCACGUACGAUAGCUCGCGGCCGUGGUAUUGUGAUCCGUGCGCUGAAGAACUCGCAUGGAAUCGGUUUAUCAGCGCAACAUCCCCGUCCUGUGCCCCCGUGAGUACGACUAGCGAACAUUCAGAAGCAGCAGCAGCAACAGCAACAACAUCAGCAGCAUCAGCAACAUCAGAAUCAUCCCCGCCCGCCCCUACCUCGGCUGGAACGGAUGCAGUGUCAAAUUUGCUCGGCAUGUUCGAACAGGCAACCCCGUUCCCAAAACCAAAGUGUCUGCUUUGUCCCAACAGCGGAGGCGCCUUCAAGCGCACCGUGGUAGGGGACUCGUGGGUCCACGUCAUUUGCGCCCUGUGGGAGCGCCAAGUCACCUUCUCGGACAAGCGCAACAUGCUGGGCGUCGACACGGACGGCGUCGAUGAUUGGCGAUGGGGUUUGCCUUGCUCCGUGUGCCAAUUGUAUGGCCGCCCACAGCAGGCGUGCUGUGCCGGGUUGUGUGUGGACUGCGAGGUGCCUGGUUGCGAAACCCGGUUUCACGCCACCUGCGGCCAAAAUUACAACUUGCUCACACUUGUCGAAGUCAACAACUCGGCCGGUGAGCUCAAAACUGCGUUUCUCGCGUUUUGCGAAAAGCACAACUCGCGGUCGCGGCACCAGCAGCACGCUCUUGCCGCGUUGAAGGAGUCGGAAACCGCUGCCGCCUUGGACGAUGCGUCGCUCCCGCGGAACAUGUUGGCCUUGCAGCAAUGGCAGCAACGAGGUCGAGGCGCCGCUGACAAGGCCGGCCGACGCACUGCCGCGAAAGCACCACGCCGAAGCACGCCGUCCGCCCAGUCCGGGCCGCGGCGGUCGAGACUUGCCUCAACAUCGUCGCUCCACCGCGAAUCUUCCGCUUCCUCGUCGGACGGCUCGUCGUCCUCUGGCGAUGACGAGGAAACCGCCGAGCACCCGUCCCAACGAGACCGCAAGCCAACAGCAACAACAACAACAACAGCAACAACAACAACAACGCACGCGCCUUCCGCGAGCACGGCAGCGAAAGGAGGGCCGCCCGGUGCCUCUCGCAAGCGACCGUCAGCCAAGGACUCUGCCACCACUCCAGACGCAGAGGCUGCGGCUGCACCCCUUCCCCCAUCCAUUACAGCUGCCAUUCAGGCCCUUGUCGCCGCCUCGGCGGCCCAAAAUGCCGCAGCCGCCAGUUCCAAUGCCGCGAGCGCAAACGCUUCUGCAUCCUCUGCCUCCGCAUCACCUGCCCCAACAGCCAAACUGCUGCCCGCGUCGAAAAAGAAGCGGCCAGCGGUCAUGCCAUUGCCGCCAGGCCUGCUGCCCGCCAUGAGCGACAAUGCAGCAGCAAAGGCCGCGACCCCAGCUCCCGCUCCCAUGGAAGGAAUCGAGUCCACCACCAGCCGAGCACUAGCGCAGCCAGGUGAGGCCAGUGCCAUCCCGCAGAAGCGCGCACUCGACACGGAUUCGUCUGCAGCUGCCACCGACAGCAAGCAGUCCAAGCGCCCGCGAACAGAGAAGGGCGAGGAUUCUGCUGGCCUUGUCGCUCCCGAUCAGGGCGAGUCAGCAACCUUUUUGGUGCCACCUCGUGCGCGGUCGUCCUCCAGCACAGGCAGCGUCGAUCCUGCUUCUCUUCUCAUGUCACUCGCCACCACGAGUUCGACCGAGGCCGUCUCUUCCGCUCCCAAGGAGAAUCAACCUGAUGUAAAUCGCGCGACCACUGGCUCCAAGACUGAGCGCCGUUCGAGCGUAAAUGCAUCGGAGCUGGCCCCUGGCACAGCCAUGACGGUAGAGCCUGCCGGCGCGACCAACCCGUCCCGCGCAUCCUCGUUUCCAGAGCAACUGCGCACCUUUUUCAUUCGCCAAAUGCAAGAAACGCUGCGGUUUGUGUCCACCCAUUUAGAAACGGACAAUGAGGCGCGGAUGACCAUGCUGAAGGCGCGUUUGGCGGCGCUGGCAUCCAACACCAGCGAGCUCAAGCAGCAAAUCACCGCACAGCAGCAGCACGUCCAAUGGCUGCGCGACUUGCGUGAUGCGUUGCAAGCCGAGGUUGGCGAGCGUCAGCACGCCUCGGCAGUCUUGCGUCGCCACCGCACCGACUUGCUCGUCAUGUACGGCUUGCUUGAUCGAUCGGCGCUCGCCACGCUGGCGCCCGACCAGUUGGGUGCUGCUGUGGAUUUGGCUUGUCAAGCUGUUUUGCGCACGGACGAGUCCACCUCCACGUCGCCACACGACCUGCGCGUCGCGAUUCGGGACGCGCUUGUUCGAGCCGCGCAAGUCGAAGUUCCGCUGCCUUCGCUCCCUGCGAGUGGGUUUCCUGGUUCUCUUGGUGCCACAGCUGCGAGCUCGUCAACAACUGCGCUCACGCCUGGUGGUGGUCAGCCAACCGAGGCGACGACAACCCCGCACUUGACGCUGACUCUGAACGCCAGUGGAGCUCGAAUGAAUGUUGGAGGACCAGCGGCGUCUCCAUCAAGCCACUCGAACAAGGCAGCGAAGCGCAUGGCUGCAGCUGCGGCCGCCGCAGCUUCCGCCUCUGCACCAUCAGUAGGAGCCGGAGUUCCUACGGCGUCAACGAGCGCGCCCACUGCAAACCCUUCGGCUGCUCCCUUGACUGUGCUCCUUCCGCAACAGCCAUCUGGCACAGGCAUUCUCACCCCGAACGCGAAUGUGCACUACAUUCUGAACAUGCCUGCGGGAGGCACUUUGGGGACUCCGAUCGCUUCGCCGCGAGAUGCAGGGACCAUGUCCCUUCUUGGCGUCCCGCUGGCAAAAACUUCUUCGUAUGCGACAAUGGCUGAUUCUGCCACGACUACUUCGGCAGCAGGGCAACACGGAAUGUUGACUCAGGGCCAGCAUGUCUCUCCACCAAAGGCUGUUCAUUCUCAGGUCCUGCCGCAAGGCGGUUAUUCCCUGACUGUUCAGCAGCAGCAGCAUCUGCAGCAACAACUUCAGCAGCAGUUGCAACAGCAACAGCAACAGCAACAUCAGCAACAACAGCAACAGCAGCAGCAACCUCCGCAGCAGCAGCAACCACCGCAGCAGCAGCAGCCUGCCAUGCUGAUGCAACAGCACCAACCCAUCCACGGCUUCCCACCAGGUCAAGGCCAUUCGCAAAUUCCUCCACAGGUCUACCAGACACAGGCCCCGGCGCAAGUAAUGCAGUCGCAGCCGUAUGUAGUUUAUGGAAAUCGCCUUGUUCAAGGACCUCCACGAACCAUGUCACCCGUGCUUGGUCAACAGCUCCACGAGCGACAGUAUUCUUUGCAGCCAGCUCAGCCAGCGAUGCAGCCCCAGCUUGUGCAGGCAACCAUGCAGCCGCAGCAACAGCAGCAGCAGCAGCAGCAGCAGCAGUUGAUUCAAGCACAACAACAACAGCAACAACAACACCAACAGGUACAUCUGCAGCAAAUUCAGCAGCUGCAGCAGUUGCAGCAGCAGCUGCAAUCCCAGCGGCAUCUGGUCAUGGAACAGCAACAACUCCAGCAACAGCAUCAGCAGCAGCAGCAACAACAGCAGGCACACCAAGGUGCUCCACGAAUGUAGACCCCAUCAGGUUUAGGAGGAAUUGUCUCCUAACCAAAGCAUUUGUUUCAUAUCUCGUAUCUCGCUUUUUUGAAAACUUGUCAUUGCGUUCUUUGUUUCUUUCCUUUUCAUUUUCGGGCAUUUCUUUUUGUACACCACAAUCAUCACGUUUUCCUCGUUU